GUGUCUUUAACGUGAAGAGUAAGUCUACAUGCCCCGAUCCUGACCACAAGGAAAAGACUGUCAAGCUCAAGGAGGUGAAUCUGGUUAUGAAGCUGUACUGGCCGGACAAAUUGAGGACCAGCGAGUCCGAUAUCGUUUCCACCGCGCGUUCAAUAGUCAGCGAACAUCAGCCAGAUCUACUUGAUAAUCUCCCCAUUGUCUAUCACUCGUAUGACUACGAAGGCACCGACACCUCAGAGAUACGAGUGUCCCUAGGUUUGCCCAUAAAAACAGUGAAUAAGAUAGUCACUGGACGGAUCCUCCGGCUUCUUCUUAUGGAACGACUAGAAAGUAUGAUGACGCUUCAGCCUCAGUUGUUUAUGUCGACGUGGCUGCAGGUCGUUAAAUGUCAUUACUUUGUCUGGGAAUGUGGCGUGGAACAUUCUGAUAUCAGCGAAGGAAAUGUCAUGUAUCGCACCAAGAAGAAGGGCAACAUCAUAUGCGGCAUUCUGAAUGACUGGGAUCUCGCUACGCUUCGGAACAAAACAGAUCAUGGUGGUCUCGAACGGACGGGAACCAUCUCAUUCAUGUCUUUGGAUCUGCUCGAUGAGAAGUACUGGAAGGGAAAUAUCAAACGACUCUACCGACAUGACUUGGAGUCCCUUAUCUGGCUUCUCCCUUGGGUCGCCCUCAAUUACCCCUCGGGCGAUUAUAGACUUAAUGACGGCGUCAAGCUGUGGAUCACAGGAAAUUAUGUUGCUUGUCGCAAAGAGAAGAAUGAUUUCCUUAAUGCUUAGGGUUAUGGGGACUCUCGUCCGACCCUAGGGCUGGCGUAGGGUCGGGCGCCUAGGGCCCAGGGUUGGGCGUCUGUGGGCCAGGGUUGGGCGGCUAGAGGGCAGGGUUGGGCGGCUAGGGGGCAGGGUUGGGCGUCUGUGGGGCAGGGUCGGUGGUUGUGGGCAGGGGCAUAUGGACGUCGGUGGUGUGAGGCGAGCGUUCCGUCCAGGACGGAAAGAGAGAGCGGCAGACAUGGGUGGGAGAAGCGCCGAAGAGAUGGGUGCAGAGAUUCCCUCCUGGACGGAAUUCUGUGGAGAUGGAUGUAAAUGCAGUGAGAACGGGAUUCCGGUGGGGCUGGGUGCAUACAUUCCGUCUUGGAGGGAAUUCUGUGUGCAUGAGAUUACUGUUUAUUGGAUGAUGAGAAUGCCGUUGAUCUAAAUUGACAU